AUGGAUUCAAGAACGAAUUCCACCAGACGAUCCUAUCCGAAUCAAAUCGCUCUCGAACUACAAAGAGACCCAAAAUCUAGGAAAAGGCAGAUUUGCAUUGCAUGCAGUAGCAAGCCCAUGAUUAUUGUCCAGGUUGUUAAAUACCUCAACACAUCAAAAAUGGUCCAUGAGACGGUAAAACGUGUACCGAUGGAGCUGUUUGAUCAUUGGAGCCAGUCCGACUAUCGCAUUUCGCAGGCAUGUUGUUCACGAAUUUUUGACCUGACUUUUUUUGCAUCAGUUUGA